UAACAUUCAAUAUUAUUAGCUUACACAUCAAUGCUUAUUUGACCCAUUGGUGGUCCUACAGUGUUCGAGAUAGAGCCUCCAAAUUUGCUGUGGUUAAUGAUUAAGCUUUCCUCUAUCGACAUACCAAUUUUUACAACAUUCAACCAAACAGUUCUAUGGAAUGUCAAAAACUUCCUUUCAAUAACAAUAAUAAUAAAAAUAAUACAGAUGUAGUGAUUUGUGGCCAAGGAACUGCAAGCACAGCAAAUACAACAUGUGACUGCAGGUUUAACUUGCAUUUUAUUUGCAUACAAAAUGCAGACCUUCAUAAUGUAAAUUUCUUCUGUAACACAGAGGAGGAGCCUGAGAAUCUGACAGAUAUAGAGUGUUUGUGUCAGACUGAAGAACACAAACGGUGAGUUCCUGUUUAAUUCUUCAUUUACCGCACAAAACAUUCAGACAUUUACGCAUCUUUAAAAAAAUGUCAAAGUAUAUAUAGUAUGAAAAUGUUUCUGUUAAUUUUUGUGUAGAUAAAAUAAAUUUCUGCUGUGAUUUACUGAGGAGAGAUUGUGAAGAUGGCAAUGAUUGUGUUUUUGGUCAUUCUUCUGGUGGUUUUUCUGAUGAGUGGAUGCAGUCAGAAUGUAGAUAAGCCAGUUGACUGUUCUGAUGUUUAUAACUCAGGAAAAACAGUCAGUGGGAUUUACUCCAUCUAUCCAGCAGGUGACAUUCCUGUCUGGGUUUACUGUCAGAUGAUCUCAGAUGGGAACGAUGAAGACAAAGGAGGAUGGACGGUGAUUCAGAGGAGAAUGGAUGGCAGUGUGAAUUUCUAUCAGGCGUGGCAUCAGUACAAGAGAGGAUUUGGGAAUAUGGAGAGUGAAUACUGGCUGGGGCUGGACAACAUGUACCAGCUGACACGCAACAGGAAUUACAAGCUGAGAGUGGAUCUGGAGGACUUUCAAGGAAAUAAAGUUUUCGCUCAGUACUCGUCUUUCUCUGUGGGUCCUGAAGCUGACGGGUAUAUACUGCAUGUUUCAGGAUUCACUGAUGGAGGAGCUGGUGACUCUUUAUCUGUCCAUAAUGGAUUCAUGUUCUCCACCUUUGACAAGGACCAAGACAGCAGUUCACAUAACUGUGCUAAAAAGUAUCUUGGGGCAUUUUGGUACAUGUCCUGUCACCAUACAAACCCCAACGAUACUUUGACUGCAGAAGUUGAGGCCACUGCAGGCGGAGACAUGCUGAAUUGUGACGUUGGCGGUGAUGCAAUCACAAACUCUCCUGCCAAAUGUCCACGACGUCUAGCCCGCUAUCGAGCCCAUAAGCACCAGAGCUACUCAGCUAAGGAUUCAAACAUUCAAACUCUAUACCAGAGUUUACUCUAUAUGUUGUCUAUACCAGCAUCCUCUGCACCAGUAGAGCGUGUCUUUAGUAAAGGUGGCAUCAUCAUGAGACCACAUCGUGCCCGCUUGACUCACAAAAUGGUCACAGAACUUGUAUUUCUGAAAAGCAAUAUGGCCCUGAUUUAGUGCCCUGUCUGUGUAAUACAGUACGUUGUAUUUUCAGUGUUCAUUGCAGUUCACGUUAAAAAGUUACCAUAACAGAGCGCUGUUCUGAAAAAUGUUUCUUGUCAUUGAUAGACAGAUAAGUAAAAGUAAUGAAGAAUUAAGCUUGUUGUUAUGACUACUAAUUAUUUUCUGUUUUCUGCAUCCUCUAAAUGUGGGACAGGGGCAUCAAAUAAUUGAAGUGUCAGUUGUUGAACUGGAAGACACAAUAGAGAUAGAAUAAUGAAACAGGUUAAUUUGUAUUUUUAUAAACUUGUAAUUUAAUAAAAGUUUUAC